AGCACACGUUUGAUGGCUGAGAGUAUUUCGACAUGUACCUCAACAUACCGUUAUAAAUUUUAAAAGACUCCCCAGCCGUCGGAUAUAUGUUGAGCAUCCAUCUACUCUGGUCCAGAAGAGAGAAUGUGUCAAUGACAAGGAUAGAGAGAGACAAUGAGAGCGUUGUACACCCUAGCAGUGUGUACAGCCUUUUCCCCAAUUUGAAUUGUUCUGUUGGCAACUGGCAAGUAUAAAUUCUACCUAGUGUUUAGAUAAUAUAGCAACGGAUGAUGUUCUUCCGAGGUGAACGAGAACAAGACCUUUUGGCUCGCAGUGCUGGGAGAAUGUUUGGUUCCCCUCACAGCUUUAGAGGAGGAAAAAGGGAGAAAAGAAGAGCUUUUCUUGUUAGGACAAGGGAAGUAAGCUGUUGCCGUCUGUUCUUUUCUCAGAUUUUUAGCUUCUGUUUGAUUGGGAAAUGGUUUGCUUCAGUUUAUAAUAUGUUUGAAAUGGGCUGUUUCAAUUAAUGGUAUGUUUCUGCUGGCCUCCUUGGAUUAUUUAUGUGUAGUUUACUAUUGGGUCUGCCGAUUGUUUCGUCAUUGGAAUUGGGUUUGAUUAGUUCAAGGUUACAAAUGCUAGAAAGCCUAGAUUUUUUAUGUAUAGAUGCUCUGCUCUUUGAUUUCGAUUCCUGCUUCUCUGGGUCUAUAUUUUCCAUAUUGGGUUUAGUUUCCUCUUUUCCUUGAGAGAUUACAGUCUCUGUUCCUGGACAUUGGUUUGGGCUUCCCUUGUUAUUUGUAGAUUCAUGGGGCAUUUAUUAUCUGGGUUUCUAGAUUGAAAAUCGGAACAAGUUAAGUGAGCAGAGUGAAGAAUGGAUUUGUGGGUUGUUGCAGCAGCUGCUGGUGCUGGAUAUGUAGCCAAACACUUGUCAAUGAAUAGGAAAGGGGAAGGCUUAUCGCAGUCUUUUACCGGAGGCUCGACACAUGAUAAAUCGGAGCCCCAGACUUUGCUGCAACAGAUUCCCUAGCGAUUCUGUACCCUCCAUAGAUUUUCUCGGAGGCAAUCAGAAGGAAAUUGUUCUUCUGGUACAAUUGUAUUCAGGAUUGUCCGAAGCUAAUGGGUCAGUAGGUGCUUUAGCAACAGAAGUGGUUUCUACUAGUGGGUUUGGUGAUGAAACCUCUAUGAAUUUGCGGGUGUAUGAGGAGUACAAUAUACUCUCUUUAUCAUCUUUGCCUCCAGGGUUCUCUGGGAAGAACAAGCAUCAAGAGAUAGCAGAUGGAAUUAAAGGAAAGAGUGCGGUUUUUGAUAAUCCUUGGGAUCUUAUAUCAUCUGAACCUACCACUGGAGAGAGAGAUUUUUAUUAUAGGUAUGGCAGAGGCAGAAACAGAAGCACUAGCUUCCUUACAAGUAGGUGGCCUCGUGGGUAUUCUAUUAAACCUCUGAGCUCUUUGGAAAGCUGCCUCAUAGCUCAGUUGUACAAGGAGCAUGUUGAAAUGGAUGAUUAUGUAUAUACUCCACCCCCAUCCCCAACUGCCCCAACUUUGAGGCCAUUGUUUGUACCAGAUGUAAAAGAAAUAAUCUGCAGAGCAAGUAGUGACUCAUAUAGAGUACAGUUUGGAAGUGGAGAAAAUAAGGUGCAAAAGGGAGGUGAAGCAUAUGCAGAAACAGAAUCAGUGUUGGGGGUUCCAUCACUUCCAGAAAUUGAUUCUGUAGAACUUCCAAAGAAACUGAAACAAAAAAGAGGAAAGGGUUGCCUUGGAAGAUCGAACAGUUCCAAUAUGAGUGUCACUACAAAAAACUUCUGGUCACAAGGCUCACCAAAUGGAAUGCUUCUAUUCUGCAUUGGAAUCACUAUUGGUGUUAUCUCUACUAUAAUGGCAAACAAAAGAGAGGUGGACAAGCUAAAUGGGUUGUUAAAGCAGGGAGAGAACUUGGUUCAAGGUCUGCAAGAGGAGCUCGAGAUGAAAGACUCACUAACUGUGAAGGAGCUAGCAAAUGAGGCUUAUGCAUCCCAACAAAACAAUGACUUCUCCAUUCGUCAUCAACCUCUAGGCCCUUUUUUCCCCAAACAGAGAUUCACAGAAUCAAAUAACUGUGAUAGUGAAGAACUCUAUGAUAAGAAGGAAGAUGAGAAGCCAGAGUCUAUGAGUAAAAUUGAAGCAGAGCUUGAGGCUGAAUUGGAGAGGUUGGAGCUAAGCAUGUGCUCUACUACUGUACAGACAAGAUUAUCCAAUCUUUUGGAGAUUCUUCCGGAUUUUUACGGAGACAUUGUGCAGGGAGAAUUGAGAGCAUACAUGAUCAACAGAGGGGACAGGGGGCAAUAUGAUUCAGACCAAGACGUGUCACACCUCUACCACUCCCACCCACACUGCUAAUUAUGCAGUCUUGCCUCGAGAGCUGAGCUUGCGUCUUCAUGAAGUUAUUCAAGCAAGACUAGAGGAACGGAUCAUGGAGCUUGAGACAGCACUUCAGCAAAGUCGGAAUUGGACGCCCCUAGUGGAAUCAGGGGGGGUCAAGUCCCAAAGGGACUUCUUGAACUGUGAGAUAGGACCAUCAUCUUCUUAUGGAUGUCCAACUAUGAUUGAAGAUAGUGAUUACAUAGCUAGGCCCCGGGUUCUAAAUCUUUCAGAGGAAGUACUGGAUGUGUACAAUGAGGCCUAUGAGGAGUUAAUGAGGAUAACUGAGCCACAGAGAGAACCUGCCAUCCACAGCAAUUAACAAAUUACAUUCUCUUGGGAAAGCUAUUAAUAGAGCAGAUUUUGGAGAGAACCGAGCAAGCGUCUCCUGCUGUUUUAGAUGUUCAAAUUAUGGUCUCCUCAAUGGAUCAAAAACGUCAUCUGAAUGAAGAAAAUUUUUGACUUCGUAUAAAGAAUUUAUAUAUGGACAUCGAGAUCACUUCUGGUCGUGUGGCCCCUUACACCAGCGUGGGCCAAUGAGAUCAUGCAUAGGGGCAUCAAUAUGGAUGAGAUUUUUUAUUUUAUGGGGAGAGGGGGUGAGGCAGGGCCGCAAAUUCUUGGGCUCCUUGUGUUUAGGCGCUGGUUCCAUGCGAUGAGACAAGUCUUCUUUGCCUUUUGUGUAUUAAGAAAAAAAUAUAACUACCCGAUAGUGUACCGGAUAGUGUUGUGUA